AUGCAGCCAUCGGCCACCACCACGAUCAUGGCUACCACGACGACCAGCAGCAUCGGUCAGGGUGGUACGGCGACGACAACCACCACCACUGGUAGCGUCGGAGGACCUGGCCACCAGCAAACACCAUCCGGCAAUGGAACCUGCUGCUCAAUCCCGCCACCGAUAAUGUUCCUCUUCCUGACGCUGCUCAUGACCUCAAGUGCAACCGCCAUGCUGUGCGCCGCCAUUAUGACCGAUCACUGGGAGCACGUGUCCUGGGACCGUGGCAGUCUCGAUCGUAUCAGCAACGAAACCGCCACUGAGCUGCACUGGUAUUUGGACGGUCGUGCGGCGAAAAUCCCACUCAAAGGCAAAGGACUACCGAAGCAACACUCGCAUCAACAUCACUCGGGAGGACACAAAGGAGCGGCGGGUGCGAGCAACUCACCGGCGGUCACCGACAACCGGGCGGGUGUGUUUCUGGUGCCGAUGAACGGUGGCAUCUGGACGCUAUGCAUUGACCUAACCGCCGAAGAGAUUCGCACCAUGUCGAACGAUGGCUUCCCGCAGGUCGAGCAAUGCGUCAACUACCUAGCCGGCACUAUGGAGAGUGCGCAGGGUAACGACGAGGAUGCGAGGGCCGAUUGGCAACACAGUGAGUCCCAGGCAUCCUUACAUCCGCAUUUAAGAAUGCAGAACCUCUCGAUUUCGUGUUCGCUCGUGUGCCUCAUCAUACUUGGCAGCGCUGCCCUAGUAGGUGCUUUUGGCGUUUGUCAGCGACAAAUUAGUGCCGUGCUGGUGACUGGUGUCAUGUACCUACUAGCAGCACUGUUCGCCUUGUUUACGCUCAUGAUAAUACAUUUCAAGCGACAGCAGGGACGACCGCUACUAGACAGUGACUUCGACGGUACCAUCGACGGUGUGGUGGCCAUCAAAGGUACGGCUAGGGCUGCGUCCAAGUUUCUCGGUGCCCGUGUUUUCGUCACUGCCUGGAGCUUGGACCUUGGCUGGGGAGGAGUGGUACUGUGCGCCUUUACGUCCUUCCUAUGGAUUUUGCUAUCGAAAAUCAUGCGCUUCAAUCCGCUGUCGGCAAUGAUUUGA